AACGAUUCGAGAGAUCGAUCGAGUUUUCGGAGAAGUUUUGGUCCUCGAUUAUGCGGACGAUGCGAUCCUGAAGAGAUCCGAUUGAAAUAGGAGAUCGAUCGAACUCCGUCUCAUCUUCCUCUUUUAAUCACUCUUAAUAUCUAUGAAAAAAAAAAAAAAACACGAUAACAAAAAUGUAAACAACAAUAUCCCCGAUAAUAUAAUCUCGAUCUCUUCUCGGAGAAAAAAGAUGCGCGACGUUGAUUAAUUUAAUCUCAAAAUUCGCAAACAAUUAUACUGGACACAGAUACAGUAUCUUCGCUCCGAGAUUCGAUUUGUCGGAAAGAAAUAAAAGAUUGAUCCGACACUCGCUGCUUCCAGUGAAACAAUUAAUUUUGAUGACAAAAUGACACUUGGACGUAUCUUGCUCGUCGCGUCGCUGAUAUUAUUUUACGUGUCGGCUGAGCCGUCCUACUACGUGUUAACGAAAAAAGAAACGGACACGUUUAUAUCAUUUUCAGAAGAAGCGCCCAAGUACAUUCCGACCUGGUCCAGUCUGGACAGUCGACCGCUUCCGUCCUGGUACGAUGCGGCAAAAUUUGGAAUUUUUAUUCAUUGGGGCGUAUUCAGCGUGCCUAGCUUUGGCUCCGAAUGGUUUUGGAACAAUUGGAAAGAAGAAACUACAAGCACGAAAUAUCGUGAUUUUAUGAAACAAAGAUACCCUCCAAACUUUACCUACCAAGAAUUUGGGCGUGACUUUACCGCUGAGUUCUUCAAUGCAUCUCAGUGGGCUGAAUUAUUUCAAGCGUCAGGUGCGAAAUACAUUGUAUUGACAAGUAAACAUCAUGAAGGAUAUACAUUGUGGCCGUCAAAGUAUUCAUUUAGUUGGAAUUCUAUGGAUGUCGGACCUCACAAGGAUCUUGUUGGUGAACUCGCACAAGCAAUUCGAAGCAAAACAAAUAUAAAGUUUGGUCUGUAUCAUUCCAUGUAUGAGUGGUACAAUCCUCUUUAUUUAACAGACAAAAGAAACAACUUUUCGUCUAAUAUAUUUGUUACUCAGAAAAUAAUACCCGAGUUACAUGAACUGAUAGAAACAUACAAACCAGAAGUGGUCUGGUCAGAUGGAGACUGGGAAGCAACAGACACUUAUUGGAAAUCUAAGGAGUUUUUAGCAUGGCUGUAUAACGAGAGUCCGGUGAAAGACACGGUGGUCGUAAAUGAUAGAUGGGGCAGUAACAUGCCAUGUCAUCAUGGUGGUUUCUACACGUGUACCGAUCGUUUUAAUCCUGGUGUACUUUUGUCACACAAAUGGGAAAAUUGUAUGACUAUCGAUGGAAAAUCUUGGGGAUUCCGUCGAAAUGCUGUCUUAUCAGAAUAUUUUACAUUAGCGGAAUUAGUCAAGGAAUUGGUAACUACCGUAAGUUGCGGCGGUAACAUAUUGAUGAAUGUAGGACCGACAAAAGAUGGCAUUAUCACACCGAUAUUUGAAGAAAGAUUACGUGGGAUGGGUGCUUGGCUGUCAGUUAAUGGAGAAGCUAUUUACGACAGUAAACCUUGGAAAACACAAAAUGAUACUUUAACGGGAACUGUCUGGUACACGCAAAGCAAAGAUGAAAAACAGUUGUAUGCCUCAAUUCUAGAAUGGCCAGAUGAUAACAUCUUGGUACUGGGCUCGCUUAAAAUUCCAACAAAAUCUGAAAUACACCUACUUGGCCAUUCGUCAUUAAUUGCUUGGAAACAGUCCGAUGAUAGAUUGAAAAUAUUUUUACCCGUCGAGGCACACAAAGGUCAGCCGGCUUGGGUGCUUAAAAUUGAAUAGUUAUUGUAUAAAAUGGUAU